AUGGCGCUGCACAGGUUGCAGAAAAGGACUAGUCCGGUGCGACUGAUAAGCAGUAAAGGUGAUACAGCUAAUAGCACAGACGAUCAAGAGGUGUCAGCUGCACUGGUCUGGCGGGAACGUGAAAUAUCCGAUGCCGUCAAUGAUAAUGUGAUAGCAAAUAAUAUGCGGCGAUAUCUACGUGCGACGCGGGCACUUUACGAGCUGCAGUUUCAAAUGAAGCGACCGUUAGCCAUCUUAAAGAUGAAGCCGAAUUUGUACGCACUGAAAAAUUUAUCCACAUUUGACGCACUACCAGCGCUACUAUCGCCACUUAGAGCGCCACAAAUAUUGGAUGACUGGACGGGGCUUGAGAUCGGUCUGUUUGAAGAAGCAUACGAACGUUUCGGGAAAGAUUUUUAUGCAAUCGCUGCACUGCUUCCCCAGAAAUCUCUGAAAGACACAAUUGCAUUCUACUACAUUUGGAAAAAGAAUGGAUCAUUUGCGAGAUCUCGAGAUGAUGGCAAUCUGUCGGAUGUUUUUUUGCCUGAACCUGAACCAGACAUCUCAAGUGGGACACUUAAGCUGAUCGAUUGCCUUCGAAAGCGACAGAAUUACAUGCAAGAUUAUCUCGAUGCUGCUAGAACAAUGUACGCACCACAGCCGCUUACGCAUGCGUCUAAUCGCAAGAGGCAAAAGCUAUCAGAGUUUGGCUUACAGAAAGUUGGCUGCUUUCAACGAGGCCUCGUAGGGUUGUCACCGCUGCGCGCUUCAUUCGUUCUCGAUACGUGGACCCCUUUCGAAGUUCGAGUAUUUGAGGUAGCAAUUGAGUGUUAUGGUAAAGAUUUCUCACGAAUCGCCGAACAAAUUCACAAGAAGUCUUGCGGUGAGGUUAUCGCGUUCUACUACCUUUGGAAAUCCGAUGUGCAUUAUCAAGUCGUAAAGCAUCGCUUGGGGAAAAAGAGUGAGGGACGUGCAACUAAAAAAACACUUCCUGAUACGAAAUCGAAAUGA